GCCUUUUCAAAAGUAAAGUAACUUAAGUAAACGCCAAAACAGAUAUGAAUAACUAGAAAAGGUACAACGUCAACCACCCAACUUUCCGUUCAUAUAUUAAGUAAUUAUUACCAAUCCAGUAGUCUGACUGGCAUCCUUCCACAUAAAGUUCUAUUGUCCAUUAACUGGUUCUUUUCAACGAAGAGAUACGCAUAUUGAAACAGUUAAAAACAUUCUAGAUGGCCGAACUAUUCUUGGAUCCAUCUAUUCGUUCCUGGGUAUUCUUGCCGCUCGUAAUUAUCACCUUCUUGUUUGGAGUACUGCGCCACUACAUAACGAUCAUCUUCGCUAGUGAGAAGAAAGGUGAACUCGAGAAUAUUGGUGAUAGUCACGCUUUAAUCCGCAGCAGACUUUUACGCGAAAAUGGACGGUAUCUACCAGCCAAGGCCUUCAAAAUGCGGAAGUAUUUCUUUAAUGAUAAGGAACAUGGCUUUUUUAAAACGCAAAAACGAGAGAGCACCAUGACAAACCCGAUGGCCGACCCUUCGAUGGCGACUGAAAUGCUUAGGAGCAAUGCGCUUAACAUGGUCCCGAUGAUUGUUAUCGGCAGCUGGAUAAACUGGGCCUUCUCAGGAUUCCUUACUACCAAAGUCCCGUUUCCACUUACCUAUAGAUUUAAACCAAUGCUCCAAAGAGGCUGUGAGUCUCUUACAUCUUUGGAUGCGUCAUGGGUCAGCUCUGCAUCAUGGUAUUUUCUCAACAUAUUUGGCCUCAGAAGCAUGUACGGGCUCGUUCUCGGUUUGGACAAUGCAGCUGAUCAUCCUAUGAUUUUACCCGAUAAUCAAAUACCUACACCACAGGCUCCACAAGAUAUGCAAAAAGCGUUCAAAGCAGAAUGGGAAGCACUAGAAGUAGUUGACCACCAAUGGGCAUUAGCAGAUUGUGAAGCUAGGCUACUCAGUAGAGCAUACUAAGAACUCACUUCCAUCUUCAAAUGGUGCUUUCUCUAAACAAUAAUGUGUACAAAUUGUUCAUUAAAUAUCUCAUCUUUGAAUGGUGUCAAUAAACUCAGUGAAAAGUAGUAUUUAUAGUUCUUUUAUUUAAA